AUGCAAGAUCCACCCCGAAAACGUGUACGAGCCCGAAAUGCAUGCGACAGUUGCCGUAAGCGGAAGAGGAAGUGUGAUGGCGCAGCACCAUGUUCUGAAUGCGCAGGCUAUGAAUAUCCAUGUAGCUUUUCUAUCAAAACAACAACGGUUAGCCCUACGGAUAAAGCAAAUUCAUCUCACGACUCGAUAUCCAAUGGAGGACAACCUCACAAUGGUACUACAACUAGUACAUCAAGUGCUGAACCCUCCGCCCUUACAACAAAUGAAGAAAAUAAUUCAAAUUUGGCUUUUGUGAUUAACGCAAAAUCAAAAGGAAACUUAACGAAAUUAUUUCCCGAAGAGAGCACCAAAAAAGGCACUGCUAACAAUGAAUCCUCGAAUGAUUUAUCGAUUUUGGAGCCAAACAAGUGCAGAUUUACCAAUGCAAAUAGUGCCAUUGCCUUCCCGAGAUGUCUAGGAAUGGAGAUGGAGAUGGUAACACCUCCACGUCUUCAUAGUUACGCAUGGAAUACCGGGAUUCGCACAGAAGUACCAAGACCGAAUCAUAUGCGUUUGCAUGAAUUUUGUUGUUGGGCAUUUGCAUCCUCAGCAAUUGAUGUUUAUUUUGAACAAAUCAAUCCCGUUUUUGGAAUGCUAGAAAGGGAAGGGUUUCGGCACAAGUGUGAGCUUUUCUGGAAAGAUGACACGGGAAGUGUUGGAUUCGAGGCACUUAUCUGUGGAGUUGUGUCUCUGGGUUCUUUAUUUACGAGACGGAGCGGAUGUGUGCUUGAGUGUAAUGUCUUCGAGCAUGGUCGAUGCUUACUGGAGCAGGGAUCACAGAGGCAUGGCGAUAUGUCUCUUGACCAUGUGAUGGCAUGGACUUUACGGGCUCUUUACCUUCGAUCGACGAGUCGUCCCAAUUUGUCUUCAUUGGCAAUAUUUACGACGGUCCAUUUAGCUGAAUCAAUUGGCCUUCAUCGAGAAUUGGAUAGCGUCGUAUUCGCCGUUGAUGGAUCGAGAAAGGUUUUCACUCCCGACAUAUUAGAAUUACGUCGGAGGGUCUUUUGGAUUGUGAUGUCAUUGAAUCAAUUAUUCGCUGCCGAAUAUGGUCGUUCGAAAGUUUCCUUGGACAAUGUGAGAUGCCGAAAACCAAUCGCCAAGGAAGGAGAUUCUAUCGGCGACUUGAUUGCAAUGACAGAACUACUAUCUUCAUGCUCUAACCCACGCGUUGAACCUGAUUCUUUGCGAGUAUCAAUCGAAAACCUAUCGAUCUUACCGUGUAAUAAUCCAGGAUUAGCCCUAAUCAAGGCAGAUGUUGUCUUGUGUAUGUCUCGAAGACUUCAUCUGACCUAUUCAAAGUUCUCUUCAGGUGUCUUGAACACUAUCAUGAUGAUUCUCCGCGGUGCCUUUAAAGAAUCAGAAAAGCUUUCAGAAAGAAAACUACCAUGGUGGAACGUAAUUAGCGUUCCAUUCAAUACAGUUUGUCUUCUCUUGUCUAUUAACACGCGCCAAAGUAUAUCCCAUCUACCCCAAGCCAUGCACACCCUAGAAACUGUUAGCAAAUUAUGGGACAGCCAUCUGUCAAGAGAGGCGCUACAAACUGCACAAAUGUUGGUUAAUCGAUUCGUCGAGAUAAAACGCGAAGAUCAGGUGGUUUUGGAAUCUCUCCAUCGGACUGUUGAUCACCCUUGCGCGUCUUCGAGUAAUCAGAAUUGGACGGGGACUUUUGGUAAUGAUUUAUUUGGGGGGUUAAACGGACAGGACUUUGGUUGGGCACAGUUUUUCGGCGAUGCUGUGGGUUAG